AUGCUGGGCCUGCUGUGUAUGACCCUCUUCUUUAUUGGGUGCACCACUGCUGGAACCCCAGAACCCCUGUCUGAGGAUGUGCCGGUGGGCAUCGUGGGGGGCCACAGCGCCCCCCAGGGGAAGUGGCCGUGGCAGGUCAGCCUGAGGAUCUACAGCUACUACUGGACCUCCUGGGUGCAUGUGUGUGGGGGCUCCCUCAUCCACCCACAGUGGGUGCUGACUGCUGCCCACUGCAUCCACCAGAGAGAUGCUGACCCUGCAUCCUUUCGGAUCCACGCUGGAGAUGUGUAUCUCUAUGGGGGCAAGGAGCUGCUGAGAGUGAGCCAGGUCAUCGUCCACCAGGACUAUGUCCACGCUAGCCUGGGGUCAGACGUGGCUCUGCUCCGGUUGGCAGAACCUAUGCGGUCCUCUGCUAAUAUCAAGCCUGUCAAGCUGUCCUCUGGGUCUCUUGAGGUCACCCAGAAGGAUGUGUGCUGGGUAACCGGCUGGGGCGCAGUGAGCAUGUACAGGUCACUGCCCCCUCCCUACCGCCUGCAGCAGGUGCAGGUGAAGAUCGUGGACAACGACCUUUGUGAGGAGCUGUACCAUAACGCCUCCAGGCGCCACAAUCGUGGUCAGAGACUGAUCCUACAGGACAUGUUAUGCGCAGGCAGUGAAGGCCGAGACUCCUGCUAUGGUGACUCAGGCGGUCCCCUGGUCUGCAGGGUGGCAGGCUCCUGGAACUUGGUGGGCGUGGUGAGCUGGGGCUAUGGCUGUGCCCUGAGGGACAUCCCUGGGGUCUAUGCACGUGUGCAGUCCUUCCUGCCCUGGAUCACCCGGCAGAUGAAGAGGUUCUCCUGAGCCCAGCUGCUGGCCUCAUGCUGGUCAGCUGAGGAUGGGUCGGCUUUGAUCACCAUUCCAGGGGUUAGGCUCUGGAGUGUUGGUGCCCAGUGCGCUGAACACUAGCUACUGAAGGACAUGGCUCUGUUUCCUGGCUUCCUAAAUAAAGAUGUGAUGC